AUGCAUAUUUGGGUCGCACUCCUCGACGAAACCACCCCCGAUGCCUGGAAAGAGAGCCAGGUCUGCGAACGAGGACUCACACUCGUCGAUCCUGCUUCAAGAGACCGACUCAACAAGUUCUACCACAAGCGAGACAGCUUCCGUGGAUUGGUGGGAUGCCUGCUACCGCGGAUGCUAUUGAAGCAAAGGGGGGUGCCUCUUGAGAAGAUGGCCUUCGGGAGGACGCAGUCUGGCAAGCCCUACAUCGCAACCGAAGGCAUUGAUCCUCCAAUAGCAUACAACAUUACACACGAUAGCGGCGUGGUAGCGAUGACAUGGUCUAGCGGAGAAGACCUUGUGGGUCCACCGGCCUACAGGCUCGGGAUCGACGUGAUGAAAGUGCAUCGACCAGAGCACGAGGCGUUUGCAAACUUCCUAGAGGCUUUCAGUGACCAGCUCACACCGCUAGAACAUCGUUCUCUCCUCCCGUCCCCUUCCGAACCAUCUCUCCCCGAGUCUGAAGCACUCUAUCGCUUCUAUCUAAUCUGGACGCUGAAGGAAGCGUACACAAAAGCUCUAGGCCUCGGGCUGGGCUUCGACUUCAAGCGCAUCGAAUACGACAUACACCAAGAGACAGUCCGCAUCGACGGAGCGCUGGCCAGGGAGUGGAAGUUUGACACAUAUGUCGGUGUAGCUGCUCUUUCGCACCGCGAGCAGGCUCGCCAAGCCGAGGACUGUCGGGUGGAAUGGUGGGACGCAGGCUCUUGGUUGGAGUGCCACGACGCUGUCGAGUUUGUGGAGAGAGCACUGCAUGAAUUAGCUUAG